AUGGUCAUGGGGUUCCUACCACCUUACUCUCCUUUCCUCAAUCCGAUAGAGGAGUUUUUCUCUGCUUGGAGGUGGAGAGUGUAUGAGCAUCAUGCUCAGGAUCAGCCGUCCCUGCUCCAUGCUAUGGACGCAGCGUUGGUCCUUCAACCUGUCACAUAUGCUUGGGUCUUUGGCUGCGUGAUGGUGAUAGGUCUGCCUCUCAAUGCAGUCGCACUGUGGAUUCUUCUUCGCUGCCACAGCCUCAAAUCACCCAACGCUGUCUUCAUGGUCAACCUGGCAUUCUCAGACCUGCUACUCAUCAUCUCGUUGCCCAUGAGGAUCUACUUUCAUGCCACAGGCACCUGGCCUCUGAGCAAUAUGGCGUGCCUCAUCAUUACAAUGCUCUUUCGCGACAACAUCCGUUCCAGGGCUAUGUUUAUAACCUUCAUCAGUGUGGACAGAUUGCUGGCUGUGGUUUAUCCUCUGAGGUCACGCCAUUUAAGAACCUCGUCCAAUGCCUGGAAAGGAGCUGCAUUCGUCUGGAGUUUUUUGCUGGUGGUGAAUAUCCGAGAGAGUUUGGACUUCCUAGAACAUUUGCAGAACCACUUUCAAACUACCUGUUUUAAAUCUUAUGACUCUUACGAGCCUUUAUUGAGUAAAACUCGAUUAGCAGUUAUUUACCUUCAGAUUGUGUUACUGGUCACAAUGCUAACAGUCAACAUUGUUUGCACCGUUAUGGUGUCUUGGACUCUGCACAGAGAUCUCAGUGACUCUGCAAAGGUCAACAACAAGAUGAAAGUUAUGCUGAUCUUUGUCAUGAACUUGGUUUUGUUUGCCAUGUUCUUACCUGUGCCUAUAGGAAUGGCUGCACAUGCCAAAGAAAUCAUGCCGCUGGUAUGUCUUACUGUUUCUAACUGCUGUCUGGAUCCUCUGUUGUAUUACUUUUCUUUUGACUCCUUUUGGAAGAAAAAGGAAGAUGCAACGAACGGAGGAGAAAUGUAGAUGCUAGACAUGAUAUUUUUGGUAUGAUAUUUUCUUUUUGACAUGCAUUUUUUUUUCUUUCUUUUGGUGAACUAACUUUUUAUUGCACAAAAUGCUCAUUUAGUUCAAGCAUAUUUUCCCAAUUCCUAAAUUCUGAAACUGAGCUUAUUGUACUAUUGUGUGUCUUUUGACUUGCCUCUCUCUGCUUUCUUGUAUUUCCACUCACCCCCGAUUAUUUGUGGCAGCUGGUGCCCCUCCCUGACCCUGGGUUUGUAGGAAGUUUCUUCCUGUUAGAAUGGAACUUUUUUUCUACCCACUGUUACCACAGGUUUGUUCAGAGGGGGUUCAGUCAUGGAAUUUUGGGGGUUUCAUUCUAAUAUUGUGGGUUCCUUAUUUUAUAAUAUAAAGCACCUUUGGGUGACUGUUGUUGUGAAUUGGUGCUAUAUAAAUAAAAUCGAAUGAAAUUUUCACCAGUAACUCAACAAUAAUUGUCAGUUAAAUGUACUUGUGAAGCUUAGGCAGUGGGAGAGAUAGAGAAAAGACUUG